AAUUCCACUGUCUACCAUUGGUUAAAAGAAGAUGGAUGCACAGACUUCAGCCAAAGUUAAUCCAAGAAAGAGAAGAAAAGAGGCACUUGGACCCAAUGGGGCAACAGACGAAGAUGGAAUUUCUUCUAAAAUGCCACGCUGUGCAAUGGGCUUACGGCAACCAGCUCCUUUUUCUGAUGAAAUUGACAUAGACUUUAAUAAGCCCUAUGUCAGGGUGACUAUGGAGGAAGCCAACAGAGGAACUCCUUGUGAACGACCUGUGAGAGUUUAUGCAGAUGGCAUAUUUGACUUAUUUCAUUCUGGUCAUGCCCGGGCUCUGAUGCAAGCAAAGAACCUUUUCCCUAAUACAUACCUCAUUGUGGGAGUUUGCAGUGACGAGCUAACGCACAACUUCAAAGGCUUCACAGUAAUGAAUGAAAACGAGCGCUAUGAUGCCGUGCAGCACUGCCGCUAUGUGGAUGAGGUGGUGAGGAAUGCCCCCUGGACCCUGACACCAGAGUUCCUGGCAGAACACAGGAUUGAUUUUGUAGCCCAUGAUGACAUCCCAUAUUCUUCUGCUGGGAGUGAUGAUGUUUAUAAGCACAUCAAAGAAGCAGGCAUGUUUGCUCCAACCCAGAGGACAGAAGGCAUCUCUACAUCAGAUAUCAUCACCCGGAUUGUCCGGGAUUAUGAUGUGUAUGCCAGACGGAACCUUCAGAGAGGCUACACAGCAAAGGAGCUUAAUGUCAGCUUUAUCAAUGAGAAGAAAUACCACUUGCAAGAGAGGGUUGAUAAAGUUAAGAAGAAAGUGAAAGAUGUGGAGGAAAAGUCAAAAGAAUUUGUUCAGAAGGUAGAAGAGAAAAGCAUUGACCUCAUUCAGAAAUGGGAGGAGAAAUCCAGAGAAUUCAUUGGAAGUUUCCUGGAAAUGUUUGGACCGGAAGGAGCUCUGAAACACAUGCUGAAAGAGGGGAAAGGUCGGAUGCUUCAGGCCAUCAGUCCAAAGCAAAGCCCUAGCAGCAGCCCCACCCGUGAACGCUCCCCAUCCCCUUCUUUCCGAUGGCCCUUCUCUGGCAAGACUUCCCCGCCUUCCUCCCCAGCAAACCUCUCGAGGCGCAAGGCUGCAACCUAUGAUAUCAGUGAGGAUGAAGAAGACUAAUUUUUCAUCUCUUACCCUCCUUCUGUUCCCAUCAACUUCACAAGCUCUCUGUUGAAUUCCAAAUUGUGAUCCUAACACUAAACCUAAGAACAGCUAAGAAAAAACAACUGCUGCAAGAGGACCUGGGAUGGGAAGACCAGACACCCCAUCAUUGAAGAGACAUCAUCCACCUACACCACGAAGGAGACUGACUGACUAUACCUCAGAAGCCUGCCCUGCAUCCAUUGACCUUCCCCAAGGAUUUUGCUUUACUGUUUAUGUUCAUGUGAUCUUGACAGGGAAAUUGUCAUUUUUAUUAAUUUUUUUAAAAAUAGUCAUUCAAAUGUAAGUAGAACUAAUUUUUUGCCCUUGAGGAGUGGGCAGAAGGAAGUGGUGUCAUAUCCAGAGGCUUUUUCUUCUUUAUUAUUUGCUUCUGUUCUGAGGCCAGUCCAUCAAGCAAUGGAUGAUUUUGGAAGAUAUAUAAAAUUUUUGUUUUCCUUAAAAACAACAACAACUAAAUGCUGAGUUACUGUCACAAAUUCCCUAAAUAUACUGCUGGCACAUGUGUCAUCAUGGCUAUAGAAAGGUGAUCUUGAGCCUAAUGUUUUUUACUUCCUCAGGAGUUUCUUGUUAGGUCCAGUGGGAUCCAUGAAGACACCCAUAGGGAUGGAACUAGGUCACAUGACAUAUUCUGCACUUUUUCAGCUCUUUGUCUUCUCAGAAAACUUUAUUGCCCAAAUUUGGGGAACCUGUCAAUCUCUUUUCUUCAGUCUACCCUGAAA